CUUUUUUUUCUUGGAGGAUAUUAUUGAAAUGUCCAUUUUAAAGCAAAAAUGGAGAAAGCUCUGUCAAUUGUUAUUGAUAUUCAUAUAUAUUUUCUAAUAAAGCAAAAGUCUAUUCCAAAAAUAAUUCAGUACAUGGCGACAACUCAUCUCUAUUGAACCCGAAAGCGAGAUCCAAGCACCAAUCCUCCACUCUCCCUCCUUUUAUAAGCUUAAACUCACGCAUUUUCCACUGCAUCACUAUGGCCACCGAUGCUUCUCCGAAAUAUCGGACCCCCGAUUUCCACCCCGAAGUUUCGGUAACUCCCUCUACACCAGCAACACUACAGCAUGACGGCCUUGAGUUCUGGCAGUUUAUGAUUUCAGGGUCCAUCGCCGGCUCCGUUGAACACAUGGCUAUGUUCCCAGUUGACACUCUCAAGACUCGCAUGCAAGUCCUGGACGCGUCCUUCCCUGUUAAGCCCAUCGGCGUCCGUCAAGCCUUUAACUCGAUACUGAAGCUCGAGGGUCCUGCGGGUCUUUACCGGGGCAUUGGAGCCAUGGGUCUCGGCGCAGGACCAGCACAUGCUGUGUACUUCUCAGUUUAUGAGCUCUGUAAAGAGUUCUUCUCCCGUGGAGACCCGAAUAACUCCGUGGCUCAUGCAGUUUCAGGAAUUUGUGCAACUGUUGCAAGCGAUGCGGUGAUUACGCCGAUGGAUAUGGUCAAGCAGAGAUUGCAGUUGAAGAGCAGUCCUUACAAGGGAGUCGCCGACUGCGUGAAGAGGGUUUUGGUGGAAGAAGGGAUUGGUGCUCUUUAUGCGUCGUAUCGGACUACGGUAGUAAUGAACGCACCUUUUACGGCAGUUCAUUUUGCAACUUAUGAGGCUGCAAAGAGAGGGCUGAUGGAGGUGGACCCGGAGAGUGCAAGUGAGGAGAGUUUGGUAGUUCAUGCCACCGCUGGCGCGAUGGCUGGCGCUCUUGCCGCUGCUGUCACGACACCACUUGAUGUUGUUAAAACUCAGUUGCAGUGCCAGGGCGUGUGUGGUUGUGACAGAUUUUCAAGCAGUUCAAUUGGAAAUGUAAUCCAAACAAUAGUAAGGAAAGACGGUUGUCGUGGGCUUAUGAGGGGCUGGAUUCCAAGGAUCCUUUUCCAUGCUCCUGCUGCUGCCAUUUGCUGGUCCACAUAUGAAGCAUCCAAGUCCUUCUUUCAAAGACUGAAUGAUACUGAUACCUCAAAUUGCUAAGCUAAAAAUACCUGCCUUGUACCUGCAGGCUCUUAAGAACUUGCUGUUUAUGUUCAUGGCAUCCUUCAGCUCAUUCAUAUUUUUAUUAAUGAAAGGAUGGCUGUUGAAGCAAUUGACAAUUAAGA